CGGGGCGGGGGCGGGGCUUCCAAUGCCAGUAUAAAAGCAUUGUUGCCGAGGCUCAAACCGCAGUCUUCAGCUGACACGUCCAGAGAAUGUCCCAGAAGGAUUUGCAACUUUUCUUUGCACUUUUUUAGACAAUAAACUUCCAAGACAACCCCGCAAAACAUCUAUGAAGAAAUUAAAGAUAUCGCUCUACUAAAAAAGCACUUGUCGCAGACUUGGAGAAUUUGGAAACCGGAGCCAGCAGAAGCCAUGCCCACCCUCUCCACUAACAGUGACCUGGUCGUGGGCAGUGCCCCCACCUCUCCCCUGGACGGCACCAGCCCUCGGAGACUCUCCUGGGGCAAACUGGUCCAGAGACUUGCAGACUUCAGCGGCAGCAUGGAGUCCAACAGCGGGAGCAGGAGCGACCUCUCAGACUCAGGUUCGGACACUUCUGGCGAUUUGAGCCCGAGCGACGAUCUGUUUUUCGACCCGAUGGAAGAGCACUUACUGAAGGAAGUCGUGGACCUCAUCGCCUCCAGUUUACGCGACGCUAAAGACUCCGACAGUGCCUUAAAAUGCAGCAAACUUCUCAUCCCCGAAAAACUCUUACAGCACAUAGGUCAGGAACUGCUCCAUUUGGCUGCCAGCGAACCCUGCGGCCUCCGGGGGGCGCUGAUCGACCUGUGCAUCGAGCAAGGCGAGGGCUACGAAAGCGUCACGCAGUUGUCUGUAGAUCCUUACCUCGUACCCACGUUCCAACUGACUCUUGUGCUGCGGCUGGAGACGAGCGGGAUUUGGCCGAAAAUCCAAGGACUUUUUAGCCCCAAAUCGCCGCUCGCUCCCGUAAUACGGCAAGAAGUGAAGCUAAGCACUGGUUUUAGGGUGAUAAAAAAGAAACUGUACUGCUCCGAAGGACUGCUGAUUGAAGAAUGUUAGAAAACAAUUCGAGAAGUAGCCAUCUUGGACCAAUGUUCUCACGCAUUCUCCAUUAUAAGAUCGUUCAACGGCAAUGGCCUUAUUUUGACCCGUUUAAACCCAAAAUUAUAACUAAAUUCAAUGGGAAAUAUUUGAAACUUGUCAGAUCUUUUUUUUUUUUUUUUUUUUUUUUUUUUUUUACUUCAAUACUGCAGACAUUCUUACAAAUAUUGGAAUUUCAGCAGAAGUUCAAUGUGAUAAAAAUGUUAAAUUUAUUUAUUAACAAAUAUAUUUAUUGAUAUGAAAUACAUUUCUAAAAUAAAUAAAUAAAUAAAUAAAUGUAUUAACUAUUCGAAAAGUAGCCAUCAUGGAGCAAUGUUCUCACGCAUUCUCCAUUAUAAGUUAAUUCAACGGCAGUGGACUUACUUUUUUACCAAUUUAAGCCCAAAAGUAUAAUGAAAUUCAAUGGGAAAUAUUUGAAACUUAGUCAUUUAAAAAAAAAUUUCAGUAGAGGUCCAAUGUGAUAAAAAUGUCAAAUUUAUUUAUUAACGAAUAUACUUAUUGUCACCCAUUUAAGCCUAAAUUUAUAAUGAAAUUUUAUGGGAAAUAUUUGAAAUGUACUAGUUUUUUUUUGUUUUUUUUACUUAAAUACUGCAAGCAUUCUUACAAAUAUUGGAAUUUUAGUAGAAGUCCAAUGUGAUAAAAAUGUCAAAUUUAUUUAUUAACAAAUUUAUUUAUAAAAUUAUAUUAAGUUAAAUAUUCCCUAUAAAAUAUUUAAACAAAUUCAUGUUAUAAAAGGGAAAUUAGUUAAGAUAAUUUUAAUUUUUUUAAACUUACUGUUACAUUCCUAAAAUUUUUUGGAAAAUUAUUAAAUAUUAUUCUGGUUAAAUUUAAAUUUUUCAGAUAAAAAAUUUACUAAAAUUUCAUUCUAAAUUUUAAAUGGAAUUCACAAGUCAUUUUCUGAAAUGUUAUAAUACAUUUGAUAUUUGAUUUGAUUUUAUGUUUUAAGAAAUGCAAAAUUGUUUGAAAUUUUGAACGACAUUAACCAAAAAAACACCUUUUGUACCAGUUUCAUACCAGAAAAUCCAAUAUUUUUCCCAGUUAACUAGAAUUUCAUCAAAAAUUUCAUAAACUAUUUAGAAAUUUGGGUUUAAACGGGUCUGAUCUUCAUUAUUAUUGUUGCCUUUUGUAAGACGGUACAAAGAUCACAUUGAUUUGCAUUAAAGACAUUACUGUGUUAAAGGCAGCUAAAGCUACGUCGCUAACAAGUGCAUUUCUAUUGUUUUGCUGAAAUCGUACGCCACAUUGUACAAAAAAAACUUGAGUUCACGCAUUUAAGCUGAAAAUAUCUGGACUCGAAGCCGAAGUCGAAGUGAAGUUGUACAUUUUCUUGAAGGCGAAAACGAUUUUAAAAAGACAAUUCAAGGAGCGAAACUACAGCUUGAGUAUUUGUGCAAGCUCUUUCUUCACCCAUGUGUUUUUCACGUAUUUAUUUGACAUUCAAAUACUCAUUACCAUUGCACUGUUUUUGUAUUUUCAUGACGCAAAUAAAUUAUUUUUUUAAUCAAAGAACAA